CCGGCGCCGGCUCUUGCUGCGGAGAAGGGUUGCGGCGUGGGAAAGAGCCGCGAGGAGCCGACCGCGCCGCCGCUGAAGCCUCGCCUGCAGAAGUCCCGGGAGGGAGAGAGGGAGGAGGCAGGCGGGGAGGGUGUUGCACCCCGCUCAGCGUCGGUGAUUCCGGCAGGGCUGCGCCCGGAACGAUCUUUGCCGAGAUGAAGCGCCCUUGCGAGGAGACGACCUCCGAGAGCGACAUGGACGAGACCAUCGACGUGGGGAGCGAGAACAAUUACUCCGGGCAAAGUACUAGUUCUGUGAUUAGAUCAAAUUCUCCAACAACAACAUCUCAAAUUAUGGCAAGAAAGAAAAGGAGAGGGAUUAUAGAGAAAAGGCGCCGGGAUCGGAUAAAUAACAGUUUAUCUGAGUUGAGACGACUGGUGCCAACUGCUUUUGAAAAACAAGGAUCUGCAAAGUUAGAAAAAGCUGAAAUAUUGCAAAUGACAGUGGAUCAUUUGAAGAUGCUUCAGGCAACAGGGGGUAAAGGCUACUUUGACGCCCAUGCCCUUGCCAUGGACUUCAUGAGUAUUGGAUUCCGAGAGUGCCUGACAGAAGUGGCCAGAUACCUAAGCUCUGUAGAAGGCCUGGACUCCUCAGAUCCACUGCGCGUGCGCCUCGUAUCUCAUCUCAGCACUUGCGCCUCCCAGCGGGAGGCAGCCGCAAUGACAUCCUCAAUGGCCCAUCACCAUCACUCCCUUCAUCCACAUCACUGGGCAGCAGCCUUCCACCAUCUUCCUGCGGCCUUGCUCCAACCCAACGGACUCCAUGCCUCGGAGUCAACACCUUGUCGCCUCUCUACAACUUCAGAAGUGCCUCCUGCCCAUGGCUCUGCCCUCCUCACGGCCACAUUUGCCCAUGCAGAUUCUGCCCUUCGAAUGCCAUCAACCGGCAGCGUCGCCCCUUGUGUGCCACCUCUCUCCACCUCUCUCUUGUCCCUCUCAGCUACCGUCCAUGCUGCGGCUGCAGCAGCCACUGCAGCUGCACACAGCUUCCCUCUGUCCUUCGCGGGAGCAUUUCCCAUGCUCCCCCCAAAUGCAGCUGCAGCAGUGGCAGCAGCAACAGCAAUCAGCCCACCCUUAUCAGUGUCAGCCACGUCCAGUCCCCAGCAGACAAGCAGCGGAACAAACAGUAAACCUUACCGACCCUGGGGGACAGAAGUUGGAGCUUUUUAAGUUAUGCUUGAACUUCUUGCAAUUGUAAUUGAAUGUUCUUCAUUUCAGAGUCGGCUUAAAACCUCUGCACCAUGAAGGUAGCCAUACAGAUACCUACAGAUCCACAAAGGAACAAUAAAGCUAUUUGAGACACAAACCUCACGAGUGGAAAUGUGGUAUUAUCUUUUUUUUCUUUUUUUGUUUAAGGCAGCUUGGUAACCGAACCGACAUCAGCAACUUUUGAAAACUCAACACUUGUUUCCAUUAAAAGUUUUCUGAAAAAUACAUGGACUGUAACAUUCAGUUACAUGUGCAUCUGCACAACCGAAUUGGGGAAGAAAAAUGUCAUGACUGAAUUCUCUGGAACCUAGAUGGGGAAAAGAAAUCCAUCUUUCAUAAGUGCCUGAGCUAAGGAAGGUUUUCUUCUGUACAUGCAACAUUGCACAAGAAGAGUCUAGGCAUUAGGUUAAGAAAGGAAAGGAAUAGAAGUCUUGCAUUAGGCUGCAGACAAUGCCAGAAUAUUCUGUUGAAACCAACAGUUUUUAUUGGUCAAAAAGAUUGCUGAAAAUUAUUUUCAAGUUGAAAGACCUAGUUUGAUCUUAGUUUGCUUUCUUUGUACAGACUUGCCAAGCAGUAACAUUUAGCAGUGAAUUGGUAGAAACAAUUAUUCCAUCAGAACAAGCAUUUCUGCUCUGCCUACAAGCCCCCAGGCAAUUUUUUUAGAUGGUUCAAAAUACGGUGCUUCUUUAUAUAAACCUUACAUUUAUAUAGUGCAUCUAGAAGCAAUUGCCUACUGUGUGCCUACCAGAGGCCAAUUCAUGCCAACUUGGAAACCCUCCAGUUUGCAAGACUUUGGAUUAAUUUAUUCAGUUUCAUUUGGACUAUUUUUAUAUAUUUAUCCUCUUCAUUUUCUCCACAUAACAUGUAACAUCUGAUCUUGUCACCUUUUGGGGAGAUAUAUUUCUGGAGGUGAUGAGAAAAGGAGAGAACAUUGGGAAGAGAAAAACCACAGUUUUAAAAUAUUCUUGCUCAAGUUAGUGAUCACAUUUGAUCCCAAAUCAAGAUGAAUGUAUGCAAUGGGAUGUACAUAAAUUAUUUUUGCCCAUGCCUAGACUAGUACUACAUAAUGCUGUUUUGUUUUUUAGAUUUUUGCUUAAUGGCAAAAUAAUCUCUUAAUACAUUGAAAUUGAGCACGUGAGAUUUUUAUAUUUGAAAGAUUAAAAACACAGCAUGUAUUAUUAUGCACUUCAUUUCUCUGCUGUGUGGAGAAAGCAAUAAACAUGAAAAUGUUAAACAUUAUGCAAAAAUACUUUUAAAUAUUUGUUUUAAAAUUACUGUACCUAGUCUUUUUCGCAUUACUUUGUAACCUCUUUCUAUGCAAAAGUCUACAUUUCACUAAUUAAAUGAAGUUCUUUUUGACUA